ACCACAAGUCCCACUAAUGAAGACGUCUUUAUUGAGCCUAUAUCAACCGUUACAGAUCGUAUGAUCGAUAUCUUAGUAACAAAUAGCGUAUCAAUCGAAACAUAUUACCCACAAAUGGGUCCAAAACGUGAUCCACUUUAUGUGGUAAUUCCCAUAACAAUUGUGUAUUUGUUAAUAUUUCUAACGGGUAUUAUCGGGAAUGUUAGUACAUGCAUCGUUAUCGGUCGUAAUAAAACAAUGCAUACGGCCACAAAUUACUAUUUAUUCAGUUUAGCCGUAUCGGAUUUGUUACUUUUAGUGACAGGACUGCCACAAGAAGUAUAUUAUUUAUGGUCACGUUAUCCGUAUGUGUUCGGUGAAGCAUUUUGUAUUGGCCGUGGUUUGGCAGCAGAAACUUCAGCAAAUGCUACAGUACUUACAAUAACAGCAUUCACAAUUGAACGAUAUGUUGCGAUAUGUCGACCUUUUUUGUCUCAUACCAUGUCAAAAUUGUCACGUGCUGUCAAAUUGAUUUUGUUGGUAUGGUUUUUAUCUUUGUUGGUAGCUAUUCCACAGGCAUUACAAUUUGGUGUUGUGGCUGUGCAUCCCAAACAUAAGGAAUUGGUUUUGUGUUCAGUGAAACAUAUUAUUAUAAAACAUUCGUUCGAAUUACAUACGUUAUUUUUAUUUAUUUUACCAAUGACUUUAAUCACAAUUUUGUAUAUUCUGAUUGGUUUACGGCUACGACAUUCGAAUAUGAUGAAAAAAGAAUCCAGUGCAUCAACAAUGUCUGCUACAUCGAAUGCAAUUGGUGGUGCAGCAAAUGUGACAUUAAUGACGCGUAGUAAUUCAAAACCGUUUUGUCGAUCGCAUCAAGGACAAUCUUCACGCCGUGUACUGAAAAUGUUGGUUGCUGUGGUUGUUGCAUUUUUUUUAUGUUGGGCACCAUUUCAUGCUCAACGUUUAGUUGCCAUUUAUGGAACAUUACCAUCACCACAUAAUUCACAAUCAAAAUCACCUAUGCUACGGUUAUAUGAAGUAGUGACUUAUGUUUCUGGAGUUUUAUAUUAUUUAUCAACGACAAUUAAUCCAAUGCUGUAUCAUUUAAUGUCGAACAAAUUUCGAAGUGCAUUUAAGGAUACGUUCUCGAGAUGGUGCUGUUAUUGUUUGCCACGGGAAACACGCAGGCGAAUGAUGCUUGGCCGAUCAUACUCCGCAUUAUCCCAACAGCGGAUGGCAGCAGCGGGCCUUGCUAUCAACGAAAACGCGAGUAUUGGCCAAAGCAGCUGCGUCAUCAAUCAAACUCCAGGUGGAGAUGCGGGAGAAUACAAGCGAAAUAGCCGUUCCUUUAACAAUGGACGUAGUACAGGGCAGGGAGGAUCUGGACGAGGGUUUAGACGAAUCACUGUGUCUGGACGAAACAGUGACAGCAACAAUAUUAUUCAAUCCGACCACAGUACAGAUUGUUCAGGAAACAGUACAUGUACCUUGCCCCGAUGUAACAGUUACAGCAAUCAACAGCCAUGUUUGUUGAGUACACAUCCAAGUGGUCGCCCGUCUACAACAAGUCUCAGCGAAUCAACUCAAUUAACAAUUUUAUCACGUGAUUCCAGCAAAAAAGAGUCCAUACAUUUAAAAAGCUCUAGCAAAAAAAACAAAAAUACAAAACGUGAUGAUAUUUUUGGUAGCAAUAUUGUAACACCUCCAAGUAGUCGAACACGAAAAUUAUGGCGUGUAUUUCGUUCGAUUGCUCGACGGCAUAUCGAUGAUGAUCGAACAUACUAUUCACCACCUGCAUCACACCCAACAUUACCCACUACAAAUGGAGCAAUUUCUUCUUCACAAGAGUUGAAAUCUCAAGAGAGUGUAUCAAGUCUGACGCCAUGUAAUAUUAGUAAUAGUAGUUUACGAGAUGUGGAACGUGGCGCUUUAGAAGAUGAAUUAACGAUUUAUAUGCAAGAGUUACAACGCCGUUUUUAA